AUCCAUUUUCUAGAAUCUAGAUCAUAUUCAAGCGAUAAGCAUAUAAAUUCAAAUUCUAAUCAAUUGUAACAACAUUAACAUUAUGGGAACUUUGUCAUUGAGCGAGUAUGAGGAUGUGAGCAUCUGGGUUCCCUGGGGUCACAUUUCGGGUCGUUGGUAUGGCAACCGAAAGGAGAGACCUAUUUUGGCCAUACAUGGCUAUACGGAUAACCUGGGAACUUUCGAUAGAUUGAUUCCAUUGUUGCCGGACUAUCUGGGAGUGCUCUGCAUCGAUUUACCUGGACAUGGAUGCUCCUCUGGUUUGCCUCCGGGCAUUCAGUAUACAUUCGUUGAAUGGUCCUAUGUCAUCAACAGGAUAAUGAGGCAGUUCAAGUGGUCGAAGGUCUCUUUGAUGGGUCACUCCAUGGGCGGUGUCAUGGGCUUCCUUCACACCUGUCUCGCACCGCACACAGUGGACUUUAUCAUCACAAUUGAGGCAGUACUGAAUCCAGUUGGAAGGGUCAAGGACUUAUCGGCAUAUGCAUUCAAUAUUGACAAGUUUGUGGAGGAGGUGGAACGCAGUUCUAGUUCGACAAUCUAUGAGGCCAAUUCCCAUACACUGCAGCAUUUCUGCGAUUUUCUCAAUGUCUACACCUUUGAAUCUGUGCCCACAGAUCGUGCUCAACAUUUGCUCAAUCGUGUCAUGCACAGAUCGCAGCUGUAUCCGGAUAAGUUCUACCUCUUGAGGGACAAUCGCACCAAGUUUGUCAAUGACUUUGUCAUGACUCCGGAACUCGGAACAGAAAUGGCACGUCGCAUUAGGAAUAAACCGUAUCUCAUUAUCAAAGGCUCCGAUUCACACUAUAUAACCGAUAACGACUAUCAAGUUAUAACUAUUUUGAGAGAUCAAAAUCCUCAAUUUGAAUUUCAUGAAGUGCCUGGAAAACACCACGUACAUCUCUCAAAUGCCGAAGAUUGCGCCAAGUACAUAAUUCCCUUUCUGAGACAACAUCGACCACCUCCCAAAAAAGAGGAAACCAAACAUAGAUUGUAGGCGAAAAAAUAAAGGGAUUAUAAUUAAUGAUUUUAUUGACAAAAAGCAAAGCAAAAAACAAAAGCAAAAGAUAUA